AUGGACGGUGAUUUAUACGAUGAAUUCGGUAACUAUAUCGGCCCAGACUUAGAAUCAGACUCUGACGACGAACAGAGUGUUUAUGGACAGGAUAACAGGGAUGCCGACGAAGAUGCUAUGGAAGAGGAUGAGGACGCCGAUGCGGAACCGGAGACUGCUCCGAUGUCCGUAGUGUUACACGAAGAUAAACGAUAUUAUCCACAAGCAGUAGAAGUUUAUGGACCAGAUGUGGAGACAGUAGUCCAAGAAGAAGACACGCAGGCUCUGGACAAGCCGCUGGUAGAGCCUAUCAAACAUAAGAAAUUUCAAGUUCAGGAACAAAAUCUUCUGGAGACCAAGUAUGACAUGGAGUACUUAGCCGAUAUGCUGGACAAUACUAAUCUGAUGAGAAAUGUAACCCUUAUGGGGCAUUUGCAUAAUGGUAAAACAUCAUUCGUAGACUGCUUAAUCAGGCAGACUCACCCUAGUACCAUAAAUACAGACACAACAAUACCCAUGAGAUACACAGAUACACUGUUUGUGGAACAGGAACGAGGGGUGUCUAUCAAAUCUAUGCCUGUAACACUAUUGCUUAAGAAUAUCAAAGGAAAGUCCCAUCUUCUUAACAUCAUGGAUACUCCGGGACAUGUGAAUUUUAGUGAUGAAGUUACUGCUGCUUUGAGGAUCUCUGAUGGUGCUGUACUCUUCGUAGACGCCGCUGAAGGAAUAAUGUUGAACACCGAGCGUCUCCUAAGGCAUGCGGUUCAAGAACGAGUACCGCUUACUCUCUGUAUAAACAAGAUUGAUAGACUUAUUCUAGAAUUGAAACUGCCCCCUGCAGAUGCUUAUUAUAAACUUAGACAUAUUAUUGAUGAGCUAAAUUCGAUGUUAGAAACACACCAACCGCAAGAUAAUCCUGAUGAGCCAGCUAUUAUAUUCUCUCCUUUGUUGGGUAACGUUUGCUUCGCAUCUUCUCUAUACGACGUCUGUUUCACGGUGGAGUCGUUCGCGGCGAUGUACGCUGCCUCACAUCCUACUUCGGGACUCAAGGCAUCUGACAUGGCCGCUUGGCUCUGGGGAGACAUAUACUUUAAUGCCAAGACAAGAAGGUUCACAAAGAAACAGCCUCAUGCAUCUGCUCAGAGGAGUUUUGUUGAGUUUAUUUUGGAGCCUCUGUAUAAGAUAUUUGCACAGGUUGUUGGUGAUGUAGACGACACGUUGCCUGCUGUUUUAUUAGAACUGGGCAUCAAGCUUACCAAACAGGAGUCAAAGUUAAACGUGCGGCCAUUGUUGCGUCUUGUGUGCACCAGAUUCUUUGGAGACUUUUGCGGUUUCGUGGAGAUGAUAGUUCGCCACGUGCCGUCACCGCUGGACGCGGCGCCGCGCAAGGUGUCCCACACGUACCGCGGGGGCUCCGGUCCCUUGUACGACGAUAUGUUGAAUUGUGACCAGUCUGGACGACUGGUUGCACACACCACGAAAAUGUAUCCCACUGAUGAUUGUACAUUCUUUUUGGUGUUAGCCCGAAUUAUGUCGGGUACGCUGUACGCGGGUCAAACAGUUCGUGUGUUGGGAGAAAAUUAUAGUACGCAAGACGAGGAAGAUUCACGUAUCAUGAAUGUUGGCCGGCUAUGGAUAUACGAGGCUAGAUAUAAGGUGGAAUUGAAUCGUGUGCCAGCUGGAUGCUGGGCCCUGAUCGAGGGCAUCGACCAGCCCAUAGUGAAGACCUGCACCGUUGUGACCGGAGACGAAGACGCCGAGCUCCACACCUUCACCCCACUGAGAUUCAAUACCCAGGCCGUCGUGAAGAUAGCUGUGGAACCUGUCAACCCGUCUGAACUGCCUAAGAUGUUGGAUGGACUGAGGAAGGUGAACAAAUCCUACCCUCUGCUGUCAACACGUGUCGAGGAGUCCGGAGAACACGUGAUCCUGGGCACUGGCGAGCUGUACCUCGACUGCGUUAUGCACGAUUUAAGGAAUAUGUACUCAGAGAUUGACAUCAAAGUGGCGGAUCCGGUGGUCUCCUUCUGCGAGACUGUAGUGGAGACAUCUUCACUCAAAUGUUUCGCUGAGACGCCUAAUAAGCGGAACAAGCUGACGAUGAUAGCGGAACCGCUUGAACGCGGCCUGGCCGAGGAUAUCGAAGCGGGGGCUGUUUGCGUCACGUGGGACAGAAAGAGACUUGGAGAGUUCUUCCAGACAAAAUACGAUUGGGAUUUACUGGCGGCUCGUUCAAUUUGGGCGUUCGGACCGGACUCAACGGGGCCGAACAUUCUAGUAGACGAUACACUGCCGUCUGAAGUAGACAAACAUCUGCUGGCCUCAGUCAAGGAUAGCAUCGUACAAGGUUUCCAAUGGGGUACCCGCGAGGGUCCGUUGUGCGAGGAGCCGAUUCGCAACGUGAAGUUUAAGAUCCUCGACGCUGUGAUUGCAAACGAGCCGUUACACAGAGGCGGUGGGCAGAUCAUACCUACAGCUAGGAGGGUGGCGUACUCAGCCUUCCUUAUGGCAACACCUCGUCUGAUGGAACCCUACCUGUUUGUGGAAGUGCAAGCGCCUGCUGACUGCGUGUCUGCAGUAUACACUGUACUUGCUAAGAGAAGAGGUCACGUCACACAAGAUGCUCCAGUACCUGGUUCACCUCUGUACACAAUCAAGGCCUUUGUCCCCGCGAUAGACUCGUUUGGCUUUGAGACUGAUUUGCGAACGCAUACACAGGGUCAAGCGUUCUGUCUUCAAGUAUUCCACCAUUGGCAGAUCGUGCCGGGUGAUCCACUUGACAAGAGCAUUAUCAUCAGGCCACUGGAACCGCAGCCAGCGACACAUUUGGCUCGUGAGUUUAUGAUAAAGACGCGGCGUCGUAAGGGACUCAGCGAAGACGUCUCUAUCAACAAGUUCUUCGACGAUCCUAUGUUGUUGGAGCUUGCCAGACAAGAUGUGCAAUUGAAUUAA